AUGCUGAAAGAGCUGACUGGUGCGAGUCAUGUGUACGUCUUCUCGCAUGUUGUUCGUAAGGAUUCGCAUCGGGAGGCUUUAGAUAUGCCCAAGGAGCUCAGGGACGAUGAGCCGAUACCACUUGCAACACCAGCAAUGUUUGCGCACAUCGAUUACUCCAUCUACAUCGGCUCCCGUACCGUGCUCUGCACAGUCUGCGAUGCCCGCACAGUGCCCGAUUCAGACCUACGUGAGAUCACGCUCAAGAUUCCCACGCAGCUCCCCGCCAAUUACUAUACACUGCGUACAGGCAUACCCAACAGUCCCUACGGGCCCGAAAAGGACGAUCUGACGAGGGAGAAGCCCAAUCAGAAGCUCUGGCAGGUGGCGGCUAACCCGGGACAUAAGUGGUACUGGCCGAGUGGUAUGAAGCAGGAUGAGGUCCUGUUGAUCAAGUGUUUUGACUCCAGGACGGAUGUCGCAAGACGUGCACCGCAUUGCGCCAUUCAGACGCCGAUGGAUCAGGGUCCACCUGGAGAGAGCAUUGAAGUGAGGUGCCUCGUGGUUUGGGAGGAUCAGGUGCCGAAUGACGAGAGAGCAAUGCUGUAG